CACUGUACUGUACUGCUGCGCUUAUAUAGGGCUCGGUAACCAAGGCAACAAACAACAUCAGGACCAGAAUGGUCAGAUUAGUCGCAUGGGUGUGAAGAGAAGCGAAGGUUGCUAAUACUCUAAAGCAUACAUUUCGCUCCCAAUUAGACGCUCCGGCGCGGGAAGCUGCCGAGACGUUCUCCAGAGCAGGAAAUUCCAGCGUGAAUUUCAGCGUCUUUAUCGGACAGACCCAGAUCUGUAAGGACCUUGGACAAAGUGUUUUUAAGCCGGAGCAGCCAUGCCAUUUGGCUGUUUAACUUUAGGGGAGAAAAAGGAUUAUAACAGUCCCACUGAGGUCACUGAUAAAUAUGACCUGGGACAAGUGGUCAAAUCGGAGGAGUUUUGUGAGAUCUUUCGGGCGAAGGACAGGAGCACACAGAAGAUGUACACCUGUAAGAAGUUCCUGAAGAAAGACGGGAGGAAAGUGCGCAAAGCUGCCAAGAACGAGAUUCUCAUCCUGAAUAUGGUGAAGCAUCAUAACAUCCUCCAGCUGGUCGACGUCUUUGAGACAAGAAAAGAGUACUUCCUCUUCCUGGAGCUAGCCACAGGCAGGGAGGUGUUUGACUGGAUCCUGGACCAGGGCUACUACUCAGAGCGUGACACCAGCAAUGUGAUCAGACAAGUGCUGGAGGCUGUGGCGUACCUCCACUCUCUCCGCAUCGUCCACAGAAACCUGAAGUUGGAAAACCUUGUUUACUACAAUCGCCUGAAGCACUCGAAAAUCGUCAUUAGCGAUUUUCAUUUGGCCAGACUGGAGAACGGUCUUAUUAAGGAGCCCUGUGGAACUCCAGAGUACCUCGCUCCAGAGGUGGUUGGCAGACAGAGAUACGGCAGACCGGUGGACUGCUGGGCUAUUGGAGUGGUAAUGUACAUCCUGCUGUCAGGAAACCCUCCGUUCUACGAUGACGCAGACGACGACGAUUACGACAGCCAUGACAAGAAUCUCUUCCGGAAAAUUCUUCAAGGAGACUAUGAGUUUGACUCACCCUACUGGGACGACAUCUCGGAUUCCGCUAAAAGUCUUGUUGCAUCUUUAAUGGAAGUAGAACAGGAUCAAAGACUGACGGCACAGGAGGCGAUCAACCACGAGUGGAUAUCUGGAAACGCUGCAUCAGACAAGAACAUUAAAGAUGGUGUUUGUGCCCAGAUUGAGAAGAACUUUGCAAAAGCUAAAUGGAAGAAAGCAGUACGAGUGACCACCUUAAUGAAGAGGCUCAGAGCCCCGGACCAGAGUGACUCUGGGGCGUCCAGUCCAGCGAUCGGGACCUCGGCAGGGCCGGUCACCCCGAGCGGCACCUCGGUUCCCCUGGCCGCCACCCCCGAGCCGCCACACGGUACCGCGGAGGUGAAGCCGGAGGAGGCGGCGGCUCCGGCUCGGUGUAACGGGGAGGUGCCACAGCUGAGUGUGGAGCCCAGAGAGGAGCAGAACGGCUAACGAGCGAAAUCCACAGCGACCAGACGCACAUCCGCACUGUAUAUAGGGAGACACACUGAAGCUAUCGGUCAAGCAAAGCUGAAUUUGUCGCGUAGUUAUUUCCUCACCCUCCACGUGCCGCUAAUCCUCCCCUGUUAGUUAGUCUCUUAUGUAAGUUUUCACUUUAACAUUUACAAAGAAAAUCUGUCAUGUAACAGAACAUAUACUGUAAAUAUGCGUAACAUUUAAUCUGAAGCGGUCUUGUGUUUCGUUUUGUUUGAAUUCAGCAAUUUACAGCAUCCAUUUGUACCAUUUAUUUAUUCAUUCCUAUUAUAUUAAAACAGAAUAUUUAAGGGGGAAAAAGAAAAUAUUAGGAAAAACUUUUUUAUUCCUAUUUAUUUACCUACACUAUGUCCUGUUGUAAUGGGAGGUAUUUUCACUGAUGAGGAAUCUUAUUAUGUAUUUUAUAUAAAGCUCACAGUCCCUGAAGCUAUCCACCUUAAAUGAAUAAAAAGAGAAGUAUUAAGUAUUAAGUUUCCUGCUCCAGAAAAGAGUGGGUCCGUAUGUUCUGAGUUAUGUACUGUAUGUGCCGGAGAUGGUGGUGCAGUAUUAUUGUUCAUUAUGUUAAAGGUUGUGGAAGCUGUGAACCUUGCACUUUUUCACUCAGUAGUAGCAAAACUAGUGAAACAUCUUAACCUAAAACUUAAUGAAGAAUUUCUCUUUUUAAAUUCUCCAUUCCCUGACAAUUCUUAAAAUUCUUUAUAUAAUAUAAUUCUAUCUUUAAGAAUUUAAACCCAAACCACCUGUAUACAGGCCCAUUCUUCAGAUGAUAAAGAAACUGCAUAACUAAUAUAUAAGUUGAAGUAUACUUUAACUUAUAUAUUAGUUAUGCAGUUUCUUUAUCAUCUGUAGUAGGUUACUAAAUUAUAAUAAAUUAUAAUUAUAUGGGGUACUGAAUCAUUUCUUGCAGGUACUGAAUCAUUUCUUGCAGAUACUGAAUCAUUUCUAGCAUGUACUGAAUCAUUUCCAUCAGAAUCAAUACUUAUACUUACUGAAUCAUUGUAAGAUAAAUAAAUACUUUUUAAUAUGUACUAAAUAUAUUUUUAGCAGUUAUCAAGAAACAUUUAUAGCAAUCACUGAGAAAUGUCAAGUGGUUUCUGAAUCCUUUUUAGUAGAUUCUGAAUCAUUUAAGCACUUACUGAAUCCUUUCUGUAAUUUACUGAAUAAUUGGUUAGUUACUGAAUCGAUUAGACAGUCGUGAAAUAAUCUCUAGAAAAACAUAUUAUAUUUUAAUAGUAUUAUAAUAUAAUAUUUUAGGUACUGAAUCAUUUCUUGCAGUUACUGAAUCAUUUCUAAUAAUAAGUAACUUCUGGCAGCUACUGGAUCAUUUCUAUCAGGUACUGAAUCAUUUCUAAUACUUACUUAAUCAUUUCAGCAUAUACUAAAUCAUUUCUAAUAAUUAAUUUCUGGCAGUUACUUAAUAAUUUCUAGCAGUUAUUAAUUCUAAUACUUUCUAAAUCAUUUGUUAGUUAUUGAAUGAUUUCUAGCUGUUAAAAAUAAUUUAAAUCUGUCAGUGAAUACUUUUAGUAAGUACUAAUUCAUUUUUAGCAGUUACUGAGAAAAUCAAGAAAUGUCUUGAUUCUAGUUCCUGAAUAAUGUGAUACUUAAUAUACAAACAAAACGUAUUUAAGUAGUUAAAGUAACUGCAUUGUUAAAUGUAUCCUGUUUUAAAAUAAGAAACUAUAGAAAGUAGAAAACAGAUAACAGUGGAAAACUGAUUCUGAGAAAAGGAGGAAUUCCUCAUUAAGUUAAUGUAGACCUCAUUUAGUAAGUUUAAUUAAAGUGCAAGGUUCAACCAAACCAGCAUUGCUCUUUUUAUCUAAGUGCACCAUUUCGUGUCAGUGUAUGAGCCAGCUCAGCCACCCUUUACCUUCUAGUUAAAGUGCCCGUUUUGUGACUAUUUCUAUACAGAAACACGUCAAUAGCAUUUUUAAAACUGGAGGCGGAUUGAGGACGAGUCUUCAGCAGGUCUGCUGUGCUGUCAGAUAAUGAUACGGUUAUUUAUUUCAUUAUUUGAUGACUUGUAAAGAUCCUACAUACUGCACCUUUAAGUGCCAGUAUCCUGCACUCUUUCUAGCUGUAAAAAUGCCUUUUAUUCUGUUCAUCUCAUAAUAAAGCCUCUCUCAGUGUCUUUGCAGCAUCUCACCUGAGAAGUGUUCACUCCCCACCCGCCCUGAACAUCCCUCGGCUUUAUUAGAGGCACAGUUGCAAACAUUUGACGCAUUUGACUCUCUCUCUUCAGAGACGUCUGCUUAAUUUAAAAGUGCAUGUGUCCUGUUCGAUUUUGGUGUUUUGUAAAGACUUUAUGCUGCAAAGGAGAACCUUUGAGAACCUUUGAGAACCUUUUGUCUUCAUGUGUAUUUUAAUUUCUUUCUCAAUGAGGUUAAAAAGGCCAAAUUCAAUCAAGCCUCUACAUUUUCUAUUUAAGAUGUCAGGGAACCUUUAGAGAGGAAAAUAUCAAAGCUGGUUUAUGAAGAGCAUUUUCACUUCUUAUCUCCUCCAUUACAUCAGACAAUUACUGCAAACCCCUAAAAUAAGCCCCUAAAUAAAUUAAAAAUGGGGAUGAAUUAAACAAAACGUAUACAGAAACUUUUAUGCAUGUUUUGUAUUUCCACUCGGGUCUCAACUGCCUCUAUAAACACUCCAAACAUCGAAAAAUCCAUCCAUACGUUUUCUGUGAAUCAGCUGAAAGACUUUGGAUGGCUCCUCCCUUAUUGUGACAUCAGAUAAGAAACCCUGCCUAGAACUGCCCUGACUCCACCCCUCACCAGAGCCCCGCCCACUGGAUCAGUUGAAGAAACUACAUUGUAGUAUGCUGAUUGAGAACCUCAGACAGUACACAGCAGAAUUAGCCAGCAGACUUCUUUUGAGGGAGGGAUCUGUAACUGGAACUACUGUCCGUGGCAAGUCAGCAGAUGAGGUAGAUGGAAGAGCUUUCAAAUAAUGAGUUUUUUUGAGAGUGCUUCUAUUGCAGUUAAGCAUAACGCUCAGCAACAGAUUAUUUGCAUAAAAGUGACAGAGCCCUCAAACGGUUCGUUCUGAAAGGAACAUAAACUGGUAAAAUAGAGCUGGUGAGAUCUCUUUAUUUGAGAGUAAUUUUGUGAAAAGAAUUCUAACUUGUGUAAAACAUAUAUAUAUAUAAUAUAUCCCCUUUAAAGAUAGUACCUAGCCACUUGGGCAGGAUAUUUCUUUAUUUUUUCCAGAAAGUUCAAUGAUGUAUUUUGCAAAAACAGUCAAGAAAAUGUAUCUAUAUUUGUCUAUCUUUCUACAGUACACUGGUUUUAUGCAGUGAAUAAGCUAACUAGCCUUACUGCUAGUUUUAAUAUGACUUUUUAGCUUUAGCGAUUAGCUCGAUUCAGCCCCAUUGAUUUUGGACACACUUGUAGGCUUACUCUAACAGUCUGCAGUAAUUUUCUCAGAUAACGAUGGAGAUAAGUGGGAAAGCUCCUGAUAAACCAGCUCUGACAUGGUUUCAUACGUUUAGCAGAUUGUUUACCGACUAACAAAGCAACUUUUGUGUGUUAUAUUUUACGCCAUCUUUGGCCUGAUUGGAGGUUUUUGCUACCAUUUCAGUUCUGAGUGUCUCUCGCCUGGAUCAAAGAUACACAGACGUUGGAGUGACACAUAGUUUGAUUGAAUUUGACCACAAAUCUGUGUUUUAUAGGUGUGAACUGUAGUUGUAUGUACUGUAUUUUACAAAGCACUGCAUAAUAUACUGAAUACAGCAGGCGUUGUGUAGUUUGACAGUAAAACCUUGCCCCUCCGCGGGUCGUUGAUGAAUCUGUUUAAUGUGCAGUACAAACUGAGCAAUAUCUCUAUUGCUGUGAUACUGUGAAACUGCCAUACUGGUGAUGUAGAGAGGCCAUUCGACAUGUUGCAUUAUUGCGUUAUUUCACAUCGAUUAAAAGUUAGGCUCCAUCACUUCUGGCAUGCUCAGCUUUUCUCUCUGUUUGUACGUUAAGCUAAAAACCUUAAUGCACUUCAUAAUAAUUUGCUCUUUUUCUCAUCAGUAGUGUUGUAGUACUCAAGUCCAAAAACGAGUGGUCCGAGUCCUCUGUAUGAGGAGAAGUUCAUUAAAAACUGAAACUUUUUUUCUAUCCUUACUAAACACUAACAAUUAAUCCAAUCAGACCCAAUGGCUAACAGCAAAAAAAAACUAGCUAGCUAAAAUACUAAUGCUACCGGGAGGAGAACUAAAUCUAGCAACGAGCUAACUAACUUUAGUGACAGGCUAGCUAAAAUACUAAUGCUACCAGGGAGAGAACUACCAUUAGCAAAAAGCUAGCUAACCUUAGCGAUGAGCUAGCUAACCUUAGCGAAGAGAUAGCUAAAAUACUAAUUCUACUGGGGAGAAAAUUACCAUUAGUAACGAGCUAGCUAAAAUACUAAUGCUACCGGGGAGAGAACUACCAUAAGUGACAAGCUAGCUAACCUUAGCAACGAGCUAGCUAACCUUAGCAACGAGCUAGCUAACCUUAGCAACGAGAUAGCUAACCUUAGCGAUGAGCUAGCUUAAAUACUAAUGUCACCGGGGAGAGAACUACAGUUAGCGAUGAGCUAGCUAACCUUAGUGACAAGCUAAAUUACACACUAAUGUUACCAGGAAGAGAAAUAAAGCUAGCAAUGAGCUUGCUAACCUUAGCGAUGAGGUAGCUAACCUUAGCGACAAGCUAAAUUACACACUAGUGUUACCGGGAAAAGAACUAAGCUAGCAACAAGCUAGCUAACCUUAGCAAUGAGCUAGCUUACCUUAGCGACAAGCUAAAUUACACACUGAUUUUCCUGGGAAGGGAACUAAAGCUAACAAUGAGCUAGCUAACCUUAGUGAUGAGCUAGCUAACCUUAGCAACAAGCUAAAUUACACACUAAUGUUACCGGGAAGAAAACUAAGCUAGCAACGAGCUAGCUAACCUUAGCAACAAGCUAAAUUACACACUAAUGUUACCAGGAAGAGAAAUAAAGCUAGCAAUGAGCUAGCUAACCUUAGCAACAAGCUAAAUUGUACACUAAUGUUACCGGGAAGAGCAUUAAAGCUAGCAAUGAGCUAGCUAACCUUAGCGAUUAGGUAGCUAACUUUAGCGACAAGCUAAAUUACACACUAAUGUUACCAGGAAGAGAAAUAAAGCUAGCAAUGAGCUAGCUAACCUUAGCAACAAGCUAAAUUGUACACUAAUGUUACCGGGAAGAGCAUUAAAGCUAGCAAUGAGCUAGCUAACCUUAGCGAUUAGGUAGCUAACUUUAGCGAUAAGCUAAAUUACACACUAAUGUUACCGGGAAGAGAAAUAAAGCUAGCAAUGAGCAAGCUAACCUUAGCAACAAGCUAAAUUACACACUAAUGUUACCGGGAAAAGAACUAAGCUAGCAACAAGCUAGCAAACCUUAGCGAUGAGCUAGCUAACCUUAGCAACAAGCUAAAUUACACACUGAUUUUCCUGGGAAGGGAAAUAAAGCUAGCAACGAGCAAGCUAACCUUAGCGACAAGCUAGCCAACAUUUGCAACAAGCUAGCUUAAAUACUAAUGCUACCAGAGAGAGAACUACCAUUAAUGACGAGCUAGCUAACCUUAGCGAUGAGCUAGCUAAAAUACUAAUGAUACCAGGAAGAAAACUACCAUUAAUGACGAGCUAGCUAAUGCUAGCUAGCAAUUAGCUGUUUGAGGGCAAACUGUGAUUGUUUUUAUACAUUUUCGAAUAAAAAUGAAUGGAAUUUGAAUUAGAAUUUUUAUUUUUAAAUCUUAAUCUGGUUUCGUUCUUGACUCGGACUAGACUACUAAAAGUCUUGGUCUUGACUACAACACUACUCAUCAGUCUUUUCUUUAGAGGGACGUUUACUCUGCAGCUGCGUAACGCUAGACAGUAGGUUUUCUUAUUGAUUCUAGUUUUCAGAAGAUUUCAGUCUUUCAUACUUCAGUUAAUCAGGAUUAAAUCCACUCUCUGAUAAUAUUUGUGUCAAUACAGUGAUUUUAAAGAACGUUCUAAAGCAGCCUCACUUUUAUAUGUAUCAUGGUUGUAUUUGAACUGCAUCUCAAAUAAAGGCAUUGCUUAAGUG